AUGUAUUGGUUCUCACAUAAAGUAAAUAAACGACGCCGUAAUCGAGAGAUGAAGCGUCAGUCUAUUUAUCAAUUAAUUGCUCGACAUAUUAGCUCUUCGAAUGACAACUUGGAUGAUGGUCACAAUGAAUACUGCCUACAAGAACAAAAUAUAAAUCAGGAAAAACUUGAAUCAAGAUUUGACAAGAAGAAUGAUGAUAAUUAUAUUUCACCUGCAUCACAAAAAGUUUAUGUUGAGGAUGAUAAUGAAUGGAAUGAUGAUGAGGAUGAUGACCAAUAUGAGGAUGAUUCUCGCUUAUUGUACAAUGGUUCCUCAAUUACUGUUAGCAGUGCUAUUCGUCUUAUUAGUAAGUUUUAUUUAAAUAUCAAUUUAGAUAAGCAGAAAAUCAAUGGUCUUCUUCGUCUGAUUAAAUCUUUAUUGCCAAAACCAAAUCUUUUACCUUCUACGUGGAAAACUGUGAACAAAGCACUUCGAAAUUUUACACCCAGUUUAACAACUUAUCUUUGUACUGAUUGUUAUAAAUCAUGCGAUAUUAAUACUAAUCGCUUCAAGUUUUGUGUUAAUUCAAAUUGCAAAACUUCUUUUAGACAACGUCGCAGUUAUGAACUUAUUGAAAUUGUUCGAUUUGAUAUUCGAAGUCAGAUACAAUCGAUUAUGUGUCGAAAUUUUGAUUUUCUAAACAAAUCUCAUCUUUUUCCACCAAGUGAUAUUUGUUUUGGUGAAUGGUAUCAGCAACAAUCGAAUACAAAUGCCAACAAAAUUACAUUAUUAGUUCAUACCGAUGGUGCUCCUCUCAUUCGUUCAUCAAAACAAUCAAUAUGGCCAUGCUUUGCAUCUAUCACAGAACUUCCUCCACCAAUAAGAGAAUUCCAAUCAAACAUCAUUAUACUUGCUUUAUGGGUAUCGAAAAUGAAACCAAACGUUAAUACAUUUUUAGAUCAAACAGUAAAUGAUUUAUCACUUUUAAUUAAAAAUGGAACUUCAAUAUUUAUUGAUGAUCACGAAUAUAAUAUUCAACUCGGUACUCAACUUUUUCUUUCUGAUCUACCUGCAAAAUCACUCUUUUGUUGCACAACAAGUUUCAAUGGAUAUUCAGCAUGCACUUUCUGUUAUAGUAGAGUUCGUUAUUCUUCUAUCGUUCUAGGCAUAUGGAAUCCAAAAUAUAAUAAAAUGCUUUAUCCUUAUUCGAACAAUGAUUAUACAGCUCGUACUCAUGACGGUUAUUUGAAAUCUGCUCGAGAAGCUGUUAAAAAAUCAAAAGGUCAUAAAAAAGUAGCAGUUGAUGGUAUAAAAGAAUCGAUUAAAUUAGCAUCUCAAUGGAAAGCAAAAAAUUCACGUUUAUUUGUACUAUAUGUUGGAGUACCAAUAAUGGCUAAUCAUUUACCAACACUUCUUUUCUCUCAUUUUAUUAUAUAUUCAUUAGCAAUUAAACUCCUACAUGCACCUCAAUCAAAAGAAGAUAUAUUACUUGGUGAACGUCUUCUCGAUUACUAUUGUCGAACAGCAUCAAAUGUCUAUGAUUCUUCUAUUGAAAUUUUUUCUUUACAUGCACAUUUACAUCUUGGUCAUCAAGUUCGUCUACAUGGUGGCUUAGCACAUACAUCAGCAUUUUCUUUUGAGUCAGUCAUCCGUUAUAUCAAAAAAAGUGCUCAUGGUAGCACUAAUGUUGCUAGUCAAAUUGCAUAUUGGAAUAAUCUUCGAUGUACAACACAAAUGAAAAAAUUUAAUUUAGUAACAAAUUCUCUUAUGGAUGUGAGUGAAGAAAAUGGAAAUAUUUAUAACGUGUGA